GCUGAAAGGAAAUGGAGAGACAAGAGAUCACUGCAUACACAGGAGGCUCAGUACUGCUGCCCUGCUCCUGCACUGACCUCCACAGAAAACCUGAGAAAUUCACAUGGAAGAAAUACACAAAUGGAAAUAACUGGGUACAGAUAUCUCCUGAGAGUGAUCAGUACAAAGAGAGAUAUCAGCUGGUUAAUGAUCACUCUUCAGGAAAUCUCUCUCUGCUCAUAUCACACCUGACUGAAGAGGAUGGAGGAGAUUACAGGUGUAGUGUUAAAGGGGGUGAAUACAGAGACAUCAGACUCACUGUUAAAGGCUGCAGGCUGAAAGGAAAUGGAGAGACAGAAGAGAUCACUGCAUACACAGGAGUCUCAGUACUGCUGCCCUGCUCCUGCACUGACCUCCACAGAAAACCUGAGACAUUCACAUGGAAGAAAUACACAAAUGGAAAUAACUGGAUACAGAUAUCUCCUGAGAGUGAUCAGUACAAAGAGAGAUAUCAGCUGGUUAAUGAUCACUCUUCAGGAAAUCUCUCUCUGCUCAUAUCACACCUGACUGAAGAGGAUGGAGGAGAUUACAGGUGUAGUGUUAAAGGGGCUGAAUACAGAUACAUCAGACUCACUGUUAAAGGUAAAUGA